UCAGCCAGGGACAGACCAUACAAGUGCUCUGUGUGCCAGAAGGGCUUUAAACAUUUGUCUGAACUGACUCGGCACGAGCGUGUUCACACAGGAGAAAAGCCUUUUAAAUGUGAUAUAUGCGAUAAAGCAUUCAGCCAGUCGUCACACUUACAACAUCACCAGCGGACCCAUAGCAAUGAGAGGCCAUUCAAGUGUGCGGUUUGUGAGAAGAGUUUCAAGCAUCGCUCCCACCUGGUCCGUCACAUGUAUGUCCACUCUGGAGAGCACUUGUUCAAAUGCAAUUUAUGUGAACUACAUUUUAAAGAGUCUGCAGAGCUCCUUCACCACCCAUGCCACCCACAGGGUUCACGGCCCUUUCGCUGUGCCACUUGUGGCAAAGGGUUCAAGCGUCCCUCAGAUCUCCGUCAGCACGAGCGCACACACUCAGAGGAGCGGCCUUUCCACUGUGACGAGUGUCAGAUGAGCUUCAAGCAGCAGUAUGCUCUGGUGCGCCACAGACGCUCGCAUCAAGACCCCACAGAUCGGCCUUUCAAAUGUAACCUGUGUGACAAGUGUUUUAUGCAGCCUUCUCACCUCCUCUAUCAUCAGCAUGUCCAUGGCAUGGACAACCUGUUCAAAUGCGGCUCAUGCCAGAAAGAGUUCAGCCAGUCAGGUGAUCUGCUCAGACACAAGUGUGGCGAGUCCCCUGUCAGCUCCCCUGAUAAACCGUACAAGUGUGAUGUUUGUGGUAAAGGUUACAAGAAGAGCUCCACAUUACAGCGGCAUCAGAACUCUCACUGUCAGGAGAAGCCAUUGAAGUGUUCUCUUUGUGACCGUCGCUUCGUGUCCUCUUCAGACUUUGUGCAGCACCGAUGUGACCCAUCGAGAGAGAAGCCGCUGAAGUGUCCGGACUGUGAGAAACGUUUCAAAUACUCAUCUGACCUGAACAGACACAAACGAGUGCACACUGGGGAGAAGCCCUACAAGUGUGACCACUGCAACAAGUGUUUCAAGCAGCGUGAACACCUCAACAAACACGCCAGCACCCACACCAGAGAGGGCCAGUUCAAAUGUGUGUGGUGCGGGGAGCGCUUUAGUGACAUCAACUCCUUGCAGGACCAUACUGUGCAGCACACAGCAGACGGCGGCGGUUACCCUGUGUCCCAGUGUCUGUAACCGCCUUCAGAAACUCCAAGGUGUAACUCAGUUGGCUUGUACAGUUUUAUGUAUUUAGAUCUGGUAACAUUUAGCCUAGUAUUUAGUCCAGUAAAAUAUUUUUAAUUUAGUCUCUUCUGUAAGAUCUUUUGUAUCUAAACCAAUAUUACAGUUGCACUGAUUGUUUCAACAUUUCAACUUGGUUCAUUCGUCCUUUUUAACUUUGCUUCUCUGGUGUAAUUAUUCAGCUUCUGGCAAACAUAAGUUACAACUGAUUAUUAAGGUCCACUCAAUGAUAUCCUAAUGCAUGCUUUACUGUGUUAUAAAGGCCACAUUUCAUUACCACCAUAUCUCCUCACAAUUCCAUUACUCUAUUUCACUUUCAUUUUACUAGAACAAAGAACACAUAUUCUGCCAUGAAAUAUUUUACUAACGGUGUAGGUAAAAGUACAAUAAUCAAAAUAUUUAAAAGCUGCAGUAUAACUUUUCUGUUGGGGAGGUGUGCCAUCCUUUUGUCUCUGUUGAGAUGUUUUUGUAUUGCCUAAAAUGUUCCACAGGAUGCCAUUUCAUUUAGCUUGCUUUUGUUGCAUUAAAAAUUAACAUACUUUAUUUACUGUGAGCUGUGUCCAUGGAGUCGCACAAGCUGCAGCACUCUGUGGAACAUUCUUGGCCAAGCAGCAUCUCCAUGGAGACAAAUCGGUGACUGACCCUCUGCCAUAGUGUGCAAUGGGCAGCUGAUUUAACUGCAAUCUCUUAACCAAAACACUAUAUCAACUACAGGCAAAAUAUGUAACGGCAAUUAUUUGUAAUUACGUAACAGGCACACAUGAGCAUGAUGGGUGUAACGCUCCUGUAAAUACUAUGAGUUGAACUGAGACUUGUCCACUUCCAAAAACAAAGCAACAAAUUUUUCUUAUGUAUUACACUGUUUUUCUAUUCCCGCUUUUGCCAAAUAUUUUAACAAAGGCUUUUGUUUAGUUUGUUUUGUCUGUAUUCCAGGAAUUUCCAGGAAGGUUCUGUGUGUGUGAAUGUAACUGGCUGUAAGUGAAAGAAGAAAUGUUUUAAAGCCCCCCUUUCUCAGAACUCUUUGUUAUAAGUUGAAGUUAUCUAUCUGUGAGUAUAACUUAACAGAGGCACCUGCACAGAGGAUGCUGACGUUUGAGACAUAUUGUGCUGUUACGUGUAGUAUUUAGCCUAGUAGUAGUUUUUAUGAAUGAAGUUAACCUUGUUUGAAUGGUGAACAUUUUUACAUAUAUAAUUUACCUGCUCUGAUUUGUUCUGUCCCCCUUCCCUUUAAGUGUUUCAUGUCCAUUUGCAGUGUUUUUUUUAUAUUUAUAUUACACAAACAUUUUGGAUUUGUUGUUUUUUAACACUGUCCCGGGACUCUGUGCCCUUUGACUUCUGUCCAUAACUAUCAUUUAAAUGUAUUUUUCAAAUGUCUGUAAUGCAGAUUCACAAAUUAUCUAGUUACAAGGUUUUUCUAGCAUUCUAAUCCAGUUAAAUGAGUGUUUACUUUACCUCUAUAUAUAUUUAGGACAAACAGAUCAAAAGUCAGUAUACUGGCCCAUGCUUAACCUGCAUAUACCAGCAUGGGGUCUUUACAAAUAUAUUAUAACUUGUUUAUUGAAGUAUGUGUAUUAAUGGGUGCUAAUAGAAUCGGUUACAAGUGUUUACUUCUAACGAAUAAGAACCAUGUUUAAUAAUGUUCAGUAAAUGUUAGAGAAAACCGGAGACACUGAUAGUGUCCAGUGCCACUGUCGUCUUGGUAUUACAGAGGGCAUAACAGUAAGCAGUGGCACUUGUCCCAAACACCUUCUGCCAUGUUCACAGUUCACUCGAGACUGAGUCCUGCAUGCCUUCUCUGUUAGUUUUGUGCUCUCUUCUAUAAAACUGUUUUCAACCCAUUCGCUUGUGCCCUAUUUUUUUACAAAACGUUUUUUUAUUCACUUGAAUUGUAUGUAUGAAUUGUUUUGAAAAAUAAGACAUUGUAACUUUGAAAGUAUGUGCAGAAUGUGUAUUCAAGAUUAUCUGAUGUAGCAUUCGGUUACAUAUGGCAUUAAAAAUAAACCUUUUCAUAAGUA